UGCCAUGCGAGGUAGCUCGCAGACCGUGGUAUAUAAUCUUGUCUUCCAUUUUUCUGCACUGGAACCGCCAUCGAACUUACACAGACUAUAACCAUCGCCGAGCACCCCUAACUUUCACUGUGAACAUUCGUCAGUAACAACAUGACCACACUCGAAGAUGUCAAGAAACAUCUUCGUCUAGAGGCCGAUGCGUACAUGCCAUUCAAUCGACGACCUCUGACAGACGAAGAAUACGGCAAUGGUUUUGCCAUCAUACGCAACGGAUCGGGUGCGUUGAUCUACGAAAACUUCAUUGUUCCUCAACUCUCACGUGUUACAUCUUAUCUUCUUAAAUUUCAGACAAGCCUUACUUGCCUUGAAGUCGGUCCAGGACCAAGAAGUGUUCUUGGUGCACUACCUCUUGAUGUUCGUCGAAGCAUCACCAAGUUCGAUGUCUUCGAGCCGAAUGUCUUAUUCGCAUUGGAGUUACAAGAGUGGCUUGAACCUACCACAGGAAUUGAUCCUCCGUUUCCAUCAUUAUGCGACAAGUCUACUAUUCAUGUAGAAAGAUUCGGGAUAGACUCGCGCCCAUCCAUAGCGAACUCCACACCCCAGUACAACCUGAUAUUGUUCUGUCAAAGUCUAUACGGACUAUCUCCGAAGCACGAGGUCGUUCGUCAAGCUCUUAGUAUGGCCACCAAGGCUGGGAUCGUGGUUGUGGUUCAUCGAGGCACUUCGCUGGAUCUCGGUAGCCUUGUGUGCCACGACAACGUGUUCGAUACAACGGGGCAAGUUCAGGUUGAAGAAAGUGAUGAAGCUCUGGAUCGCUUCUCUGCAUUCGUGGCAGGUUUCAAGCCCAGUGAAGUGGAUACAGAUAAGAGUAUCCGGCCCAAGUGGCGCGCGGUAUGCCGUGAGUACGGAAAGCAUGAGAUGAGCAAGCCCACUCGUAUAUCCUUCUCUUGCCCUACCAUGAUGGUCACGUUCAAUCAUGGCGCGACUGCGCUGACGGAACUUAUAGACAAAGUUCCCAUAGCCGAGCCUGGAAGGAGAAUCAAGAAUUCCGAAGCACGACUGAAUCAUCCCGCUGCGAUAUUAAGACCAAAGGAUCAUGUUCAAGUUCAAGAGUGCGUAAGAUGGGCACUUAAAAACAAAGUAGGCCUUAGUGUCAUGAGCGGAAGCCACAGUGGGCACUGCCAAUGGUCCAAUGUGGUAGCAAUCGAUAUGGAGGCAUUCGACCAGAUUCAUAUCAUCAAGAAUCAAAGGUCAGACAUAGAGUCUCUGGUGGUUGCUGGCACCGGCUGCAAGGGCGGAGAUAUUGUCAAACGAGCAAUGGCAGAACGCCUGAGUAUUCCCUUGGGAUCUCGUCCGAGUGUCGGUGCAGGACUAUGGCUACAAGGUGGCAUCGGUCAUCUUGGUAGGCAGUAUGGCCUUACGUGUGACUCCAUCAUUGGAGUUGUCCUUGUUGGUGUCGAGUCUGGUCAAAUAUUUUACAUUGGGAAUGUGCCAGCUCAAUACAGACCAGCGGGUGCCACCCGUCCAGAAUUCGAACUUGACUUGCUCUGGGCAAUCAAGGGAGCUGGAACCAAUUUUGGCAUUGUCACCCACGUCAUAUUCAAAGCUGUUCCAGCUCUCGUUCACUCUGUUCAGCACUACGAGCUACGACUUUCCACAUCAGACGAGGUCUGUUUGGAACUUGGAAAUUUUCAUCGGCUGCUCGCUAGCAAGGCUCCUCGUGAAGAGUCUGUCGAUGCCUACCUAUAUACUUACAAAGGUCAGCAGAUACUAGCGUGGUCGGUCAUUAAAACCUCCACCACGAAGCUCCGCUUUGCAGGCUUAGUACCCAUGAAGGAGAGCACAACGGCCCACCACUCUAGUAUUGUUGAUGAUAAUGGCCUUUUUGAUGAAGAAUACCACAUCUCAAGCAUGCCGGGUGACCAUGGGAGUGGCAAGACGUCGUCUUUCAAACGAUGUGUCUUUCUCAAGAGCAUAGAAACAGCAGAAGUUCGUGAGAACCUUUCCAGAGCUACAUCUUCUGCCCCUUCGGAGUCUUGCUAUGUCCAUCUACUACAUGGUGGAGGAGCCAUGGCUGAUGUCUUAGAGAGUUCAACUGCUUUCGGCUGCCGCGACUGGGAAUACGCCUGCGUGAUUACCGGCGUCUGGAAGCGAGACAAGGAUGGCACACCUAUUUCGAGACGUACCGUGGGAUGGGUGUAUGACACCGUGAACAGUUUCCUACCGCUAUGCAGUGGUAUAUAUGGUGCGGACCUAGGGCCAGAUCCACGGGACCUCCCUCUCGCAGCCAAAGCAUUCGGGUCCAACCGACCUCGCCUUGCUCGACUGAAGGACACACUUGAUCCUUAUAAUGUAUUAGCAUAUGCAUGCCCCCUACCACCAAUCACUCAAGGACAGAAACUCAUUGUUCUUGUGAGCGGAGAUACGUGCGCUGGCAAGGAUUAUUGUGCUAAGAUAUGGGCCGACUCUAUCAAUGCAUGCAUGCCCAAAGCUAACUACGCCCAAGUGAUCAGUAUCAGUAACCAAGCAAAGAAAGACUAUGCGGCCGCUACACCUGGAUGUGAUUUAGACCAGCUCCUCUAUGAUCGCGCCUACAAAGAGGAGCACCGUGCGGCCCUAACAUUGUUCUGGCAGCACCAGAUGGCGCUGAAUCCACAGCUUCCUGAGGAGCACUUCCUCGAUACAGUGGCCGGGGCUGCAGCUGCAGAUGUCUUAUUCAUCACUGGCAUCCGGGACGAUGCUCCUGUGGCAACUUUAUCCUAUCUAGUCCCAGCAUGCCGAGUCGUCGAAGUUCGCGUUACAUCCAGUAGAAAUGUACGGGAGGUCCGUUCUAAUGGCAGAGACAAGCUCGAAUCAAUGGCUCUCAAGCAUCGUCCUUGUCUCAAUUUCGAGAACAAUGCAAAUGGGCCCGAACUAGCCAAAGGAUUUGCGACACGUUAUCUAUUCCCAUACCUCCACGAAGAUCUCCGGAGCCUGGCUGAGUUGGUAAACAAAGUACGCAACUUUCCUACACCCGGCACAGACUUUUGUCACAUUCUUGGAAUUGUACAACGACCCGGAGGUCUGAGCCUCUGCACUUCACUCCUACAGGCCCACUUCCAUGGCUCUUGGUCAGAUAUCGACGCCAUCGUAUCUUGUGAAGCUGGUGGGUUCAUCUUUGCAUCUGCCUUGGCAAUUCAAGUCAAGAAGCCUCUCAUCUUGAUCCGUCGAGCUGGAAAGCUUCCGCGUCCAACGGUUUCAGUACUAAAGCCUCAAUCAUACAUAUCAAUUGUAGGUCAGACUGCCAAAGAACCUGAGAGGCUUGAGAUGGAUCGUGAUGCUCUGCCAAGAGGGGCCUCCGUAGCUAUUGUGGAUGACGUACUAUCCACUGGAAGGACAAUGUGUGCAGUGUUAGAGCUGUUGGAGCAGACUGGGGUCAGCGCCGAGAAGAUUAGGAUUCUUACGGUGGCAGAAUUUCCAGUUCAUCGUGGAAGACAGCUAAUACAAAGAGGCGGAUAUGGGAGGAGCUUAGUCCAAAGUCUCCUAGUCUUUGGUAAUAAAUAGCUGUAGUUCGAAGCAGACUUCCUAUCAAACAAUUAGUUCAAUUCUAUGC